GAGAUAGACUUUCUCGCAUCCCGAGGCACGCUCGGUUACGAACGACCUAGCGGGGCACGAGACACUACUUAUUAUCCCAAUCUGCACAUCUUCUUGCUCUGGCGCAGAAUAGACUGUUCUCUGUUGGCCCUCAGGUGUUCCACUCAAUUGAUCUUGUUGACGCACUGAACACGCUUCUCCACCAUGCCAGACGACAAAAUCACCCUGGAGGCAGCUCAUCGGCGCUUCAAAGAGCCUCUUCCCAAGCUAACCGCCAUCAAAUGUUCAGUCAUAGCCUAUGCACUACGAGCAUUUAUCGUCGUUGCGAAUUAUGGCCUUUCACUGAAAGAAAAGAUCGUCACACCUGCCAACGCGCCGACUCUUACCAAAACAUACGCCUGCCGACCAAAGUUGUCCCUACGAAUAUUCUUUCCCAAAACCUUUGACAAAACCACUGAAGAAAAGCUUCCUACGGUCUUUACCAUCCACGGCGGCGGUUUCGUCAUGGGCGAUCCUCGUGAUGACGACCACUUCAACUACACAUUCGCCAACAUGCACUCUGUUCUCGUCGUUGCGCUGAACUACUCCAAAUCACCGCAUGUACACUUCCCAACCCCAACUUACGACCUCGAAGCGCUUGUCUUGGCAGUUCUCGCCGACUCAUCGCUACCAAUUGACCAUGACCGCGUUGCAAUCAUGGGUUCCUCCGCUGGCGGAAACCUAGCGCUCUCUGUAUCCCUACUCCCGAGCAUGUGCGGCAGUGGCGAUGGCGUGCGCCGUAUCAAGACUGCUGUGCCUAUGUAUCCAGUGGUCGAUAUGUCUGUGAGGCGAGAGUACAAGAUACAGACUCGGCAGUGGAAACCCUCGUUUGGAGGGUUUCGAGCAAAGACGACGGAUAUGCUGUUUCCGCUUUCACCUGUUUUUGAAGCUGCGUACUCUGUACCUGGUCAAGAUCAUCACGAUCCAUUGUUGAAUCCUAUUUACGCCGAUAAAGAUCAACUCCCGCCUAAUUUGUUCUUCCUCGCGUGCGAGCUUGAUAUGCUGGCAGGAGAAUCAUGGAGAAUGAUCUGUGGACUGACGGGUCGUGAGAUUGGAGAUGAAACUGUGGGAAGAGAGACUAUUGGGCCUAAAGGGGAGUUGAUACUGGAUGAUGAGAGGUAUUCGUUUGAGACGAAGACGAAAGAAGGAAAUUAUAGAUGGCUGUUGAUUCCGGAUCAGAUUCAUGCGUAUGAUAAGUAUGAGAAUUUGGUGAAGCUUCAUGGGGAUAAAGAGUUGUCGAAGGAUGCUGAGUUGAAGUUGGUAGAGGCUCAGAAGGUGAUUGGGAAGUGGUUGUUUGAAGGGCCGUUUGCUUGAGGGAUAGAUCCAGAUAGACGCAUAAGGGAGACAUAAUUAUUGAAAGGAUUGUUCAGUCUCUGGUGAGUAACAUAGGUCAAAUUAGCUAUCUAUAGGGGCAUCACUCAAGACAUUCUUCUCCCAACCAACUUAUUCAUCCACUGAUAUACCGACGAACUGCUUAAGAGCC